AUGUCCGGUCCCGCCGUCGGUAUCGACCUGGGUACCACGUACUCAUGCGUCGCUUCUUUCUCUCAUGACCGGGUCGACAUCAUUGCCAAUGACCAGGGUAACCGCACCACCCCUAGCUUCGUCGCCUUCACCGACUCUGAGCGUCUCAUCGGCGAUGCCGCGAAGAACCAGGUCGCCAUGAACCCCCACAACACCGUCUUCGACGCCAAGCGUCUUAUCGGCCGCAAGUUCAACGACGCCGAGGUUCAGUCCGACAUGAAGCACUUCCCCUUCAAGGUCAUCGACAAGAACACCAAGCCCGUCAUCGAGGUUGAGUUUAAGGGCGAGGCCAAGCAGUUCACCCCCGAAGAGAUCAGCGCCAUGGUCCUCACCAAGAUGCGCGAGUCUGCUGAGGCCUACCUCGGCGUUCCUGUCAACAAUGCUGUCAUUACUGUUCCUGCCUACUUCAACGACUCUCAGCGUCAGGCCACCAAGGACGCCGGUCUCAUCGCCGGCUUGAACGUCCUUCGUAUCAUCAACGAGCCUACUGCCGCCGCCAUUGCCUACGGUCUCGACAAGAAGGUCGAGGGCGAGCGCAACGUCCUCAUUUUCGAUCUUGGUGGUGGCACUUUCGAUGUCUCGCUCCUGACCAUUGAGGAGGGUAUCUUCGAGGUCAAGUCCACUGCUGGUGACACUCACUUGGGUGGUGAGGACUUCGACAACCGCCUUGUCAACCACUUCGUCAAUGAGUUCAAGCGCAAGCACAAGAAGGACCUGUCCAGCAAUGCUCGUGCUCUUCGCCGUCUUCGCACUGCCUGCGAGCGUGCCAAGCGUACUCUGUCUUCCUCUGCCCAGACCUCUAUUGAGAUCGACUCUCUCUACGAGGGCAUUGACUUCUACACCUCCAUCACCCGUGCCCGCUUCGAGGAGCUCUGCCAGGACCUCUUCCGCUCUACCAUUCAGCCCGUCGACCGUGUCCUCACCGACGCCAAGAUCGACAAGUCUCAGGUCCACGAGAUCGUCCUCGUCGGUGGCUCUACCCGUAUCCCCCGUAUCCAGAAGCUCAUCUCCGACUACUUCAAUGGCAAGGAGCCCAACAAGUCCAUUAACCCCGACGAGGCCGUUGCCUACGGCGCUGCCGUCCAGGCCGCCAUCCUUUCGGGUGACACCACCUCCAAGUCCACCAACGAGAUCCUCCUGCUCGACGUCGCCCCGCUGUCUCUUGGUAUCGAGACUGCUGGUGGCAUGAUGACCAAGCUCAUCCCCCGCAACACCACCAUUCCCACCAAGAAGUCUGAGGUCUUCUCUACCUUCUCCGACAACCAGCCCGGUGUGCUCAUCCAGGUCUACGAGGGUGAGCGUCAGCGCACCAAGGACAACAACCUGCUCGGCAAGUUCGAGCUCACCGGUAUCCCCCCCGCACCUCGCGGUGUUCCCCAGAUUGAGGUCACCUUCGAUCUCGACGCCAACGGCAUCAUGAACGUUUCCGCCGUCGAGAAGGGUACUGGCAAGUCUAACAAGAUCGUCAUUACCAACGACAAGGGUCGUCUGUCCAAGGAGGAGAUUGAGCGCAUGCUUGCCGAGGCCGAGAAGUACAAGGCUGAGGAUGAGGCUGAGGCCGCCCGUGUCGCUGCCAAGAACGGCCUUGAGUCGUACGCGUACUCGCUCCGCAACACCCUCGCCGACUCCAAGGUUGAGGAGAAGCUUGAUGCCUCCGACAAGGAGACCCUCAAGACCGAGAUUGACAAGAUCGUCGGCUGGCUGGACGACAACCAGCAGGCCACUCGCGAGGAGUAUGAGGACCGUCAGAAGGAGCUUGAGGGCAUUGCCAACCCCAUCAUGAUGAAGUUCUACGGUGCCGGUGGUGCUCCUCCCGGCGGCAUGCCCGGCGGUGCUCCUGGCGGCUUCCCCGGCGCCGGCGGCCCCGGCGGCCCCGGUGCCAACCAGGACGACGGCCCUACCGUCGAGGAGGUCGACUAA